GCGUCCGAGUUUGGUUUCAGAGGAGGUUGAGACGAGGUACUGGAAGGAGGGAUUCUACGGUACUUUUGGCUUUCGGUGGCGUUAAGUGAGAGAGUGUACGUGUGUGUGUGUGUGUAUGUGUCUACUUCAAGAUGCUUCGUGGACCCAGACCCAACACUUACAAGGCGCAUAUGUCACCUGUGGACUCCGAAUUCUUCGACUUUCCCGGUGAAGCAGACGAGGCCGCCGCUGCCCUGCUUGCCCGACACCUGCUUAACCUGCUGGAGAGGGCGCGCAGGACCAAGCUGAGGGUUCUGGCUAACAAUAACAAGAACAACGAUGAUGAUAACAGCAAUAACAACAAGAACAAUAACAAUAACAGGUCGGCGCGGAGGAAUUCACUCGCGCCGUGCAAGAUUAAAAUACAGGAGAAGGCCCGCACCGGCACCCCAUCCCAGUGGCUCCACAAGCUGCUGCCCGGCUCAGACACCGUGCACGUCCUGCUGCCCGAGGACUUCAUCACCCGGGUGGUUCGCGACGCUCUCAGGAUGACGGAGGGGGAGGAAAAGGGCAUCAGGGCCUGCACACUCUGCCUGGAGCUCUGGGAUGGAGAUAAGCGUUUGGUGCUGGGCCGUAUUGUGUGUGACCCGAGAGUGGAGACAUCUUAUACCUUGUACGUGAGGCUGGUCAAGGCCACCCCCCCCCUGGAGGCUACGACGUUCAGGUUUUUCAACACGAGUACCUAUGACCCCAUCUACAUCAGCCCGGGCUACCAGCUGGAGAAGAAGAAGAAGAAGAUGAUGGCGUAGAGAGAGAGAGAGAGAGAGAGAGAGAGAGAGAGAGAGAGAGAGAGAGAGAGAGGGGGGGUAGCGAAGUUGGAGUCUCUCGUCAUGUUAUAAGAUUUGAGAAGGAGAAGAAGAAGAAGAAGAAGGAGGAGGAGGAGGAGGAGGAGAAGAAGAAGAAGAAGAAGAAGACGAAGAAGAAGAAGAAGGAGGAGGAAAAGAAGAAGAAGAAGAACAAGAAGAACAAGAACAAGAAGAACAAGAAGAAGAAGAAGGAGGAGAAGAAGAAGAAGAAGAAGAAGAAGAAGAGAAUUAAAAUAUAUAUUCUAUCCAUACUUAAUCUAUACAUAUAUAUAUCUAUGUAUGUGUGUAUGUAACAGUAGCAGUAAUAGUAGUAGUAGUAGUAGUAGUAGUAGUAUUCAAUUAUCGCAUUUAUUCAUUCAUUCAUCUGUAAUCAUCAUCAUCAUCAUUAUCAUUAUUGUUAUUAUCAUUGUCAUUAUUACUAUUAUCAUUAUUAUUAUCAUUAUUAUUAAGAUUAUUAUAUUUUUUGCCACUAUUUUCGUAUAUAAAAGAAAGAAUAUUAAUUA